CCCAGCCCCGGCCAGUCGGGAUCGAAGGCGCGCGGAGCUGCAGUGUCUGGCCGAGAGUCCCCGUGGGACCGUCGCGCCGCUGAGGCAGCCGUCCCGGCGUAGGUGGCGUGGCCGGCCGGACCCUCCAACUGGCGCCCCUCUCCGCGCGGGGUCCCGAACUAGCAGAUGGGAGGCACAGCUCGCGGGCCUGGGCGGAAGGAUGCGGGGCCGCCUGGGGCCGGGCUCCCGCCCCAGCAGCGGAGUGGUGGAGCCACAGUGUUAAAGAACAGAGAAGUGAUCCUUAAUCAUUUAGAAUUUUGCCUCCACCAUCCACCAGAAAAUGAAGUGGAAAGAGAAGUUGGGGGAUGGUGUCUAUGAUACCUUCAUGGUAAUAGAUGAAACCAAAUGCCCACCCUGUUCAAAUGUACUCUGCAAUCCUUCUGAACCGCCUCCACCCAGAAGACUAAAUAUGACCACUGAGCAGUUUACAAGAGAUCGUACUCAGCACUGUUUGGAUGGAGGUGAGAUGAAGGUAGAACAGCUGUUUCAAGAAUUUGGCAACAGAAAAUCCGAUACUAUUCAGUCAGAUGCCAUCAGUGACUCUGAAAAAUGCUCUCCUAUAGUUUCUCAGGGUAAAAGUUCAGAUAGCUUGAAUACAGUAAAACCUAGCAGUUCAUCCAAGGCACCCAAAGUGGUACCUCUGACUCCAGAACAAGCCCUGAAGCAAUAUAAACACCACCUCACUGCCUAUGAGAAGCUGGAAAUCACUAAUUAUCCAGAAAUUUACUUUGUAGGUCCAAAUGCCAAAAAAAGACAUGGAGUCAUUGGUGGUCCUAAUAAUGGGGGUUAUGACGAUGCAGAUGGGGCCUAUAUCCAUGUACCUCGAGACCAUCUAGCUUAUCGAUAUGAGGUGCUGAAGAUUAUUGGCAAGGGGAGCUUUGGGCAGGUGGCCCGGGUGUAUGAUCACAAACUCCGACAGUACGUGGCCCUAAAAAUGGUGCGCAGCGAGAAGCGCUUUCAUCGCCAAGCAGCUGAGGAGAUCCGGAUUUUGGAGCAUCUUAAAAAACAGGAUAAAACUGGUAGUAUGAACGUUAUCCACAUGCUGGAAAGUUUCACAUUCCGAAACCAUGUUUGCAUGGCCUUUGAACUGCUGAGCAUGGACCUUUAUGAGCUGAUUAAAAAAAACAAGUUUCAGGGUUUUAGCGUCCAGUUAGUACGCAAGUUUGCUCAGUCCAUCUUGCAGUCCUUGGAUGCCCUCCACAAAAAUAAGAUUAUUCACUGUGAUCUAAAGCCAGAAAACAUUCUCCUGAAACACCACGGGCGCAGUUCAACUAAGGUCAUUGACUUUGGGUCCAGCUGUUUCGAGUACCAGAAGCUUUACACGUAUAUCCAGUCUCGGUUCUACAGAGCUCCAGAAAUCAUCUUAGGAAGCCGCUACAGCACACCUAUUGACAUAUGGAGUUUUGGCUGCAUCCUUGCAGAACUUUUAACAGGACAGCCUCUAUUCCCUGGAGAGGAUGAAGGAGACCAGUUGGCCUGCAUGAUGGAGCUUCUAGGGAUGCCACCACCAAAACUUCUGGAGCAAUCCAAACGUGCCAAGUACUUUAUUAACUCCAAGGGUAUACCUCGCUACUGCUCCGUGACUACUCAGGCAGAUGGGAGGGUAGUGCUUGUGGGGGGUCGCUCACGUAGGGGUAAAAAGCGGGGUCCCCCAGGCAGCAAAGACUGGGGGACAGCACUGAAAGGAUGUGAUGACUACUUGUUUAUAGAGUUUUUGAAAAGGUGUCUUCACUGGGACCCCUCUGCCCGCCUGACCCCAGCUCAAGCAUUAAGACACCCUUGGAUUAGCAAGUCUGUCCCCAGACCUCUCACCACCAUAGACAAGGUGUCAGGGAAACGUGUAGUUCAUCGUACAAGUGCUUUCCAGGGAUUGGGUUCUAAGCUGCCUCCAGUUGUUGGAAUAGCCAAUAAACUUAAAGCUAACUUAAUGUCAGAAACCAAUGGUAGUAUACCCCUAUGCAGUGUAUUGCCAAAACUGAUUAGCUAGCGGACAGAGGUAUACCCAGAGAUGCAAAAUGUAUGUAUUUUUAUGAUCUUGCAAACCUGCAAAUGGAAAAAAAUGCAAGCCCAUUGGUGGAUAUGUUUCUGUCGGACUAGAUUUUUUUUUUAACAAGACAAAACAUUUUUAUAUGACUAUGAAAGAAUCCUUCAAGGGCUAAUUACCUAACCAGCUUGUAUUGGCCAUCUGGAAUAUGCAUUAAAUGACUUUUUAUAGGUCAAUGCA